GGAGAAGACAGCACUGGGCCAGAACCAUUUUCCCUGCCCUCAGCAUGGAUGAUUUCGAUCAUCCACCCAAGCGCCGUCGUCUCGAUAAUGGAUACACCGGUUCCCCAGCAGAGUCUUCCUCCGAUGAACUCGCCGCAACCUCCGACCAUGAGGAGGCUGAGCGUCGCAGGACCAGCUGGACGGUGAAGAAAGCCGUCUACACGCCCAAGCGGACCUACCCUCAUCCGAGGAGAUUCAGUGAAUCGGAGAGCUCCGAUGAAUUAGCCGUCGAUGCCGAUGUCUAUUGGGGACGGAAAGCGCGACAAUCUUCUCCCCAGCAGAAUGGUAGGCCGAGCAGUCGUCGCCGUUCUUUGUCGCGGAGCAGCCGCAGAAGCGAAUCCGCUGAACCGUACGAUCGCGACAAUGAUUACGGAGCGGUUGAAGAAGAAAACGACGAGGAGAAGAUAUCACCACAAGAAGAGCCUGUAGAUCAUUCAGAACCUACGCCUAUUCCAGCAGAGACUCCUGUCCCUCCGCCCCCUCCACCAAAGCCCGAGCGGUUGAAUUACAAACGGAAAUUCCUGCUACGCGGCCACCUGCGAGGGGUUUCCACUGUUCAAUUUUCGCGAGAUGGAUCGAUGCUUGCUAGCGGUGAUCUUUAUCCAGGCGCCGACGGGGCCGUUAAGGUCUGGGACACACUAUCCGGAAAGCUUAUACACACAUUCGAAGGCCACUUGGCCGGGAUUUCCACUAUUUCGUGGGGUCCAGAUAAUGCGCUUAUUGCCUCGGGGUCGGAUGACAAGACAAUUCGUCUGUGGAAUGUGUUGACGGGCAAAGCGCACCCAGUUCCGUUCGUUGGCCAUCAUAAUUACGUCUACCAAAUUGCCUUCUCGCCGAAGGGUAAUAUGCUAGUCAGCGGAUCCUACGACGAAGCAGUAUUUCUCUGGGACGUACGAUCUGCGACGGUUAUGCGAUCUCUCCCUGCACACUCGGACCCUGUAGCCGGUGUUGAUGUCGUUUUCGAUGGCACACUGAUAGUUUCCUGCGCGUUGGACGGCUUAAUUCGCGUGUGGGACACCGCGACGGGGCAAUGCCUUAGGACGUUAGUUCAUGAAGACAAUCCGCCGGUGACGGCGGUUAAAUUCUCUCCCAACGGGAAAUUCGUACUCGCGUGGACGCUGGACGACUGUGUCCGUCUCUGGAAUUACGUGGAAGGGCGAUGCAUAAAGACGUAUCAGGGCCAUACGAAUCGGAAAUACAGCAUAUCUGGCGGGUUCGGUGUUUACAGUGCCCCCAAUGGACCACCCGAAGCCUUCGCUGUGAGUGGGAGCGAGGAUGGGUCAGUGCUUUGCUGGGAUGUGGUCAGCAAGAAGAUACUUCAACGAAUCGAGGCACACACGGAUGUGGUGCUGGGAGUCGACACGUGUUCGAUAGGUGGGAAACGACUCAUGGCCAGCUGUAGUCUGGAUAGGACCGUCCGAGUAUGGGAGGAGGUCAGCGAAGAUAAGGAGCCCGAAGAGGCUGCUGACGACAACCAUGCCACCACGGCGACAGCAGUUGUCAACGGUGAUCACCCAGUAACGCCAGCAAACCCUACUUCUACAGACGCGGACGGAAACGUGAACAUGAAUGGGACUACUCCGAACGGAGAAUUGUCGAAUGCACCCGAAUAGGCUACCAUCACCAACGGUGCUUAGUUAUCGACGGCCUUGGCCUUGGCAUUGGCAUUGCGUUGGCGUUGGGUUGAUUGGAUUCCGCUUUUCCCUGGACUGUUCAUUGUUCGUACAAGAACAUGGAUGAUCAGUCAGUAACAUUCUCCGGGAGGGGGGAUAUCAUCGACAUUUUCUUAUUGAUCAUUUAAAAAGGAUACCCUGAACUAUUAUUGUAUGUAUUUACAUAUGCAGGACCUGGUUGUUGUCGCUUUUAGUCUGGCCCGGAUUAUUCGGUCCAUCUUUGCAUCCCGCAUAAAGUCAUUGUAGUAUGUAU